AUGCGCGGUUCUCUGGAAGGCAUUCGCCUCUUGACGGGUGUUAUCGUGUUCGCCUGUGGGAUCGCGGCUCAGUCCACGGCCGGCGACAUCGUCAACACCGGUUACGCAAGUUACAGGGGGAACGUAUCCUACUCGAACACGGUUGCGUACCUUGGAGUACCGUAUGCCGAGCCCCCCUUGGACGAACUGAGGUUCCGUGCCCCUGUUCCGCUGAACACCACACGAGUUGCGUGGGAGGCCAACGGACAGGUCGUAGACGCGACCCGAUACCCUGAAUUCUGUAUUCAAGGCUCAACGGGAGCCGGAGACGCUGGCGGUGCUGGAAGCGAGGACUGUCUCAAUCUCAAUAUAUAUGCACCGUACGGUGCUACCAGAGGAAGCAACUUGCCGGUGCUGGUCUAUGUUCAUGGCGGAGGCUAUUUCUAUGGCAGCCCGUCCACCACACCCUUCGACCAAUGGAUAAACCAAUAUCCCUACGUAGUCAUCGUAGCCGUCUACUAUCGCCUUGACUCGUUUGGCUUCCUCUCGCACCCCGAUUUCCGUAACGGAACUCUGGGAGAUAAUAACGCUGGCUUCCGUGACCAAAUACAGGCACUCAGAUGGAUUAACCAGUACAUUGACGCCUUCGGUGGUGAUCCAGGGAAGGUUACCAUCGACGGGCAGAGCGCUGGCGGGUCAUCAGUAGAGCUCCACCUGGUCGCGAACGAAGGAAACCAGACGCUAUUCUCAGGCGCGAUUGCGCAGAGCGUGUACCGGACUCCGGUUGCACUGCCUGAGGAGACCGUGCCGGAGUUUGACUUUUAUGCCAACUACGCUGGCUGCGGCUCGGGGGGUCUAGCCGAGCAAAUGGCGUGCCUUCGCAAUACCAGCAUCGGCACCUUGGCUAGGGCUCAGGACGCGGCUCACUACAAUGACACCUUGCGGUAUCAUUUGUUCCAACCCAUAGUCGAUGGUGCGAUCAUUACGGACUACCCUACCAGAUCAAUUCUUCGUGGAGAGUUCAAAAACGUUCCCCUUAUUGUCGGGGCUACCUCCAACGAGACAUUAGCCGAUGGCCCUACCAUUCCAGCGGCACUGAAGGCAUACUUCCCGGGGCUUACCGAGUUUGAUCUUGAAGGACUCGUUUCGUUAUAUUCGGCCUCCGGAUAUUCGUCUACCGACGAACAAACCAGGAUUGCCACCGGGGAACCAUCAGUCAGAUGUGCUCGCUCCAUAAUGGGUGCAGCCCUCUCAGUACGCAACAAUACGUGGACAUACCGCUACAAUCAGAGGAAUCCUACUCAGGCUGCUAAUGACACCGCCGUCGAGCACUCCGCUGAGAAUUGGAUGAUGUUCCAAGGCACGAACCUUGGGUUUAACGGGACUUCAACAUUCUCACCCAUGACAGCUGUUGAGCAAGCCUUCGCGUCGGAGCUAUUCGCUUAUUGGCUCUCUUUCGUACGCUCUGGCAACCCCAACACGUACAAGCUAGGACGCUCGCCCGACUGGCCACAGUAUUCUUUGACGAAUAGGUCCCGAAUUGUCUUGCAGCAAGACCUGCAUAACAGGACAACAGCUAGCGGAAGUUAUACGGAAGUCGAGUCGGUCGCGGAAAGUCUCCGAUGUGCUUUCGUGGCUGGCAAGGAAGACCACAUGCAAGCCUAG